CCCAGCUUCUUCCCUUAGAAACGCUGCAGCUGCAGCAGAGAAGCGGAGCCAAAGCAUUUCGUACCUUAUCUUUGACUUAUUUUCGAGAAUCAACCCUUUAAAAUUUCUUAAUAUUCCGAUUCAUUCCAAAAAAAUGCUUUUGAGGAGCGCUUCGUCUCCGUUGCUCAAUUCAUGGGCCCCGCACUCUAAGGAGCCUUCGCAGGAGCACGAGUUGCCUUACCAGAUUUCCCGAACCCGAACUGUUUCGUUCACAGUUUCGUGUUCCGUCAGAUCGAGCGACGAUUUGACUCGGAAGAUGAAGAGGGCAGUGUCGGAGACGGAUCUGAGUGACCUGGUGGUUCCGAUGAUGAAAGCCGGUAAUAAAGGUAGUGGAAUUUUGAACGGAGUUUGUGUUGAGGAAGAAGAGGAGGUGGAGAAAGAGGAAGCUGGAUUUGAGUGGUUGAGAGCGGCGUCACUUGGAGUUGAGGAAGAGUGUGGGAUAGGCGAUGGCGGAGGAAAGAUCUGUAGCGGGGGUAGAGGAGGCUGCGGCGGUGGAUCCGACGGUGGUGAUAACGAAUGGGGCUAUUGGGAUCCGAAUAACGGAAAUGACAUCACCGAUUCUUAUUAUCAGAAAAUGAUCCAAGCUAAUCCUGGAAAUUCUCUUCUCCUCGGCAAUUACGCUAGAUUCUUACAAGAGGUUCGUGGGGAUUCGGUGAAAGCCGAGGAAUAUUACGGGAGAGCAAUCUUGGCAAAUCCAAAUGAUGGGAAUGUUCUGUCUUCGUAUGCCAAUUUAAUCUGGCAAACUCGCAAAGAUGAACCCAGAGCUGAAACUUACUUUGAUCAGGCUGUUAAAGCUGCCCCUGAUGACUGUUUUGUGCUAGCAUCAUAUGCACGAUUUCUUUGGGAUGCCGAGGAAGAGGAUAAUAAAGUUGGCGAAAAUUUGAGUUAUGGGUUGGAUCAAAGCUUUUUCCAUGAAGUUCCCCCAACGCCUCCUCCUUUGGCUGCUGCUUCCUAAGCCCCCUUGGUGUUAAAAAAUAACAUGUAUUUAUCUUUUCUGACUUUUGUUAAUUCUGGUAAUCUUUUUGAGGUUUUAUUUAAUUAGACUUUUCAUUACCAUUGUAGAAAAGAGUGAGAUUUGUAGUUAAUUGAGAGCUGUGUUUUGCUUUUCCCCGUUCUUGAAUCCGUAUCAUGUAAAAUAAAGAUACGGAAAAUGAAUGUUUCAUUGAAAUAUUUCUCCUUGCCUCUUU